GUAUGGUCGUCAGUCGUCGUCUUCAAAUGUCAGACGGUAGGCGAUCAGACGUUGGUGCGAAGUGCUCGUUCCGAGUGUAGAUAGUUGAUUCUUGGAAGUGUUGUUCCUAUUGAACAUUGCCUAGUUUUACUGUCUUGUUUGAUGAAAUAAAAUGUCUGUUGUUAGAUGACAAUUUUAGAAUUUAUUGAAACAUUUUUAAACGGAAAAUGUUUUCCAAAUUGUUGGUGAUAUUUACGGUUUUAUUUUCUUCCGUUUCUCUUGCUGAAGUUCAGACGGAUUGUGCUUCAGAUGUUUAUAAUUUUAGUUCCUCUCAAUUACAAGUUCUCAUAGAUCGAGUUUCCAAGUGCUCAGAUGAUAAAAAGAUUUUGAAAAAGCAGGUGUUCAACUGCCUGCUUAAUGAACAAACUGAAUCUCAGAACAGUGACAAACUUCAAACAAGAUCAAAACCUACAACGAGUGAAGUAUGGUGUCUAGGACUGAUGUUUGUGACUGCCAUCAGUCUCUGCUCUCUACUGGGUGUCAGUGUGUUACCACUUAUGCAGAAAGCAUUCUACAAGCAGAUGCUGACCGCUCUCAUUGGUCUAGCUGUUGGAUCUCUCACCUCCAGCUCCCUCUUUCAUCUCAUUCCUCAGGCUCUAAAUUUGAUGGAGGGAGAUAUUGGACACAGCUAUCUCAGAAUCUCAUUGAUGAUGUGGUCAGGAGUUUGGGUCUUCUUCAUGAUUGAGAGGAUCAUGAAAGUGAUUAACGAUGAGAGGGAGAGACGGAGCAAGAAAGUACCAGGAAGCACUGCAUUACGGAGCCCAGACAGCUUCCUGCCCAGUGAGAAUCCCAUCUAUGAAUGCCAAGAGCAAGCCAUCAAGGCUUCGUUUGGCCACCAACAGAAGCCAAAACUGUGUCAUGGAACCGACCACGUGCUACGGUUUCAGAAGGGAUCAGACAACGUGAUUGCCACUGUCGCGUGGAUGGUUGUGUUCGGAGAUGGGAUACAUAACUUCAUAGACGGGUUGUCCAUCGGUGCAGCAUUCAAUGAGAGCAUUUUGACGGGCAUCAGUAUCAGCGUUGCCGUGAUGUGUGAAGAGUUCCCUCACGAGUUGGGAGACUUUGCCGUGCUGCUGAAUGCAGGGAUGACCAUGCGGCAAGCUCUGCUUUACAAUUUCCUAUCCGCCUGUACCUGUUAUUUGGGCCUCUUUGUCGGCAUCAUGCUGGGCGAGAUUGAGGCCAGUGUCUAUAUAUUCGGCUUUGCAGCUGGAAUGUUCCUAUACAUUGCUCUAGUUGAUAUGGUGCCUGAGAUGAAUGAAGUGGCUGAGGAAGCAAGCAAGCGAAGUGUGGGCAGUGCACUAACAACUCUUCUGCUGCAGAAUAUAGGUAUGGGGACAGGUGUGCUGGUGUUGUACCUGCUAGCUCGAUACCAGGACCACAUAGACUUUACGUAGCCGUCAACUUGACCACGGCAUUAUUUACUUAGUUCUAUUGUUGUCUAUACUUAUUUUUCUUUAAAUAAUUUAGUUGAAUUUAUCAAAAAACAACAGAUUGAAAUCAGUGUUCACAUAGGUUUAGUGAUAUCGGACACAUUUACGAUCUGAGAACCGGUGAAUACCGUGUAAAACUGUCAAAAACAUAACACUGUAUGUGCAAUAUAUGUUUUGAAGAUAACCAAAUUUACAUAGUAAAUGCAGGUUGAGUUUAAAAUUGUUUUGAUUGAUUCAUAAUCUUUAUUCAAGUUUUUUCAUGCUGUUUGCAGAUUCUUUUCUUUAAGUGUUUUAGUUUACAACUAAAAUAAUUAUUUAAAUAAUUGUUUAAAUUGUAAAUGCGUCGAUGUUGUGAAAAUCUAUUAAAAAAUAUUGUUUUCUUCAUUCAAAUGUAGAAGGUGUGUAGUACAUCAGUAUUAAGUCUAUAGUAUAAUCAAUGUAUUUUUGAGUAAUUCUGUAUCAAACCUGUAUUUGAUGUUAAAACAUUCAUCUGAAAAAAUGUUCAGUAUUUUUUUCCCUAGAAAUAUGUAUGAGUUAAAUUGAAAUUGUACUAUUGAUUGGAAGUAUUAGUAUUCUAGUAUUGAUAGCGUCAAUAUGUUGUAAUAGAACAUUUUUAGACAAAUUCAGUAAUUUAUUUCAAGAAAUGUGAAUUCAAGUCCAGUUAUAAAUUAAAGUUGUUCGUAAUAAAUUAAUACAACAUGAGUGGAACAUAAAACUGUGUUCUUGGCUCUGAAAGCAUUUAUUUAAAAUGACAAAAAUACUGCUGUGUUGGUGUUUAGUAACCGUAGGGAAACUAUUUCACUAUUGUACUGUAUCAGCAACAUCUUUGGUAAUCUCAACCUGUUUAAACCCAUUGAGGUAGUACUUAUAUAAGCCUCUGCAGACCUGGUAGCAGCAAUUAAUUUAGGUGAAAAUGUAAGAGUUUAGUUAUACCGUAAUAACUUUUUUGUUUUGUUUAUGAUAGAAUAAUUAAAUUUGAAACACUGUUUAAAAUAAUUGUUCCUAUACAUUAUUGUAUAAAAUUAAAAGAAACAAAUUGCUUUAUUUAAAAACUUUUAGUUACAUUAAAAACGUUUUGUAAAAAAGAGAUCAAAAUAAAAAACCCAUUUUAAAGUAAAACAUUUCAAACUGCGUAUUUAGCAUUUUUUAAUAGUCCAUAACGUUUUAUCCACAGGAAAAAAUAAUUAACCAUAUAUCUCAAAAUUUAAACUAAAACAAAUACAAAAUUAAAUACUCACCACUGUUUUUAAAUGACUGCUUUUUUACUCAGCACACGACCAAGCACCAAGUAACCAGCACGUGUGUCUACCUCAAUGGGUUAAGUUUUAGUUUUGUAGUUGUCAUAGUUUUAUUUGAAUGUAUACUGUACACAUAUACUUAUUUUAGAUGUUUUGAACAGUCUAGUUGUAUAAAACGGUUAAACUGCAUCCUUUGUCUAAAUGAAAUUGUUUUGAACUGUAUUAGUUGUGAAAAGAAUGAAAAAAGAGACCGCUGUUGAUCUGUAUUUCAGAAAUAGUUAUGUUUGUGUCGGAUGUAAUGCUUAAUAAUACCAUUAAUUGGUAGGAGUGUAUAGGAAUGGAUUUUGUAAGUGAGGCAGGAGCAGACAAAAUUGAAUUUUCCUUCCUAAAAGUUUUAAUUUUCUUUUAUUAUUUUAACUCUUGAACUGUGGUUCAAUUUAAAAUAGGGAUGAAGCUUAAAAGCUAACAAAAUCCACGUGUUGUAUUGAAAUUUAUUUUAGACAAUAUCAUUUGAUUAAAACUACAAAUACAUUAAUUGGAAAUUAUGUUUUCUAAAUAUAUACUAGAGUACAAGUGGUACAGUUUAACUAGAAACGAUAGUAACAAGUACAUAGUAGUAACAAUUACAAUUUUCGGCGUACGCUUGGUUGAUUUAGUCUAGGAAUUUGAAGUAAAGUGAACUUUAAUAACAAUUCCUAAAUUUUACUGUCCCAAAUUUUAUACAUAAGUAGGCUUACCUCGGUAAACAGCCAUUUACUUUUAAAAUGGAAGUUUGGUAUGAUUAAUUUAUUACUAAAUAAUCUCCACUCUUUUGAACAAUGAUGUAAUUACCAAAAUUUAAUUAAAACCCUUAUUUUCUUUACUAGCACUUACUUGCAAAUAAUAAUUAUAAAAUGUAUUUAGAACCAAUUACAAUAAUUAAAAUGUUAUCAGUUAACAAAACAAUUUUUAUUAAUGAGAUUGGUAAUGUUAUAAUCAUUUGUGCCUGACUGCAAAAUUCCAUUUCUAAAACUAGCAAAACUAUGGUCCUGCCAGUUUCCUGUUUUAUAUAUAGUGUUAGUGUUAUAACCUGAUCUUCUUGUAGAGUCAUUCGAACAAAUAAGUUAAGAACACUGUACACCAAACUAUUAGUAAUUAAACUAGUCACUAUUGUCAUGUAGAUGAGAAGGAACCUAACAUCUAAAACAAAAAAAUAAUUUAUAAACUCAGGGCAGGUUCUACGUGACAUAAUUUGUGAGCAGUAAGAAAGAAUUAUGUGUUUAUCAUUCUGUGUAAUGUCGUUGGGUAUACAUUAACCAAUCAAUGAUCAUUAUAAAAAACAGUGAUCCAUUAACUCACAAGAAGUUAUUUUCUUUCUGGAUUAUAUCUUUGUUUUUCUUAUUAUUCUUGGAUAGAAAUAUGGAAUUUUUGCAAGAACUUUUGACUCGUCAAAUUCUAUUGCGUGUUUGAUUUUGUAACUGUAUAACCAAACACAGCCAUCACCGCUAUGGCUGAUUUUUCUGUAUCCUGAUGUUCCAUGCAGGAGAGGUACCAGCUACUUUGCCACCCUGUGUAAAACAACUUUUUAUGACCUCCCACUUUUAGUGAGAUGGUGUUUAACCCUCACUAAGUAUGUAACCAUUUAGACAUUCCAUCCUGGCCUUUACUACUCUCUGUGUUAUUACACAUUCUCUAUAUACUGCCAAAAAAAAAGAAUUAAUGACUUCUAAAGCAUCAAAAGCGAGGACAACAAGUGUAAGCAGUCUGCAAGCUAGGCCCUCUGUGUUCAACAGAGGACAAUUAUAUCCUCUCAGUUUUGACAGAUAUGUUUUCUUUGUUUACUGUUCAUUAUUAACAAUGGAUGAUUUGAAAGUAUAAGAGGAUUACUGACAUUUACCGUGAUUAUUUUUUUCUUUUUGUUAUUAGUUUAAAAUAAUAUAAACACAAUGCUUUAAGAACAAAAUCAAUCACAGAUUUAAGCACGCAAAAGUAAACCAUUCGAGACAAAGCAAUCACACUGACCUUGAAAUCAUCAUACGAAGUGGGAUGAAGCCAGUAUAAUACAUCCUGUUUUCUAAAAAAAAUCUUCUAUACUCUAUAAUUCAAAACAUUCUGCUAAAUCGCUGCACAUGUUUUGGAUCUAAUUACAGCACACUUAAAACAUCUAAUUUUCAUAGUUUGUAUUUCAAAGGCUUUAUCGAUCUCUGUUUCAAUGUAAACAUUCAUCUGUGAUGUUCUCUUAUUUACAUUCUAGUUAAUCUACACUGGUGGUGUCGUCACUGGGAGGUAGAUUUAUGACUAUUGUUUUUAGAUAAAUAUGUAAAUAUUACACAACACGAGAUUGAUUGCACGAUUAAUUCAUGUAUUCAAUUUGCCAAACAUCUAGGCUGGAUAAUGGUUAAAUUUAGCAUUCAUGUUUAAUUAACUCAUUGUCAUCAGAUGUUUUAAUGAACUCAUUGUCAUCAGAUCCAAAUAGUAAACAUGUAUUGUUUUCAACUCCUUUGGUAAACUUGAUGUUCGGAUGUGUGGCUGCCUGUUGUAAUAUUUAUCUAGGCUGUCUAUAACAUGUAGCCAAAUUGCAGAUACAUCAUCUACAUAACAAAAUAAUCGAGAAAAAAAAUAACUUCACAAUUGAAGAUCUGGAAUUAGCAAAAAUCUUUCAGCCCCUGGUAAAGAAGCCAUAUUUGAAACUCAGAUGAUAGCAUAACACAUGUGGGUUUCUGUACAAAUGUUUCACUGUAUCAAUGUAAUAUAUUCAAAGUUCCCUGCACCCAAUCUCCCAAAAAAAUUUGGUACCGUUAAAUUUUACUGCUUUCAGCAGCUGCCUAGGUUGGCUAUAUAGCCUCAUGGAAAUUGUAUUGUCUCCAGUUUCACAUUUUAGUUUACAUAGAAGUAUAAUAAAUAUUAAUUAAUUAUAUUUUUUGUUAUUCUUUAUUGUGUGUAAACUUUAUUAGUGCUGGAAGUCCUGGUGAUGUAUUGUCCCAAGAUGCUUUAUUUUGAAAGUUUCUCAGAGUUCCUUUUUUUGUUGAUAAACUUUCCAACAUAUCCAUGGCAACUUUAUUUUGAAAAUGUUAAGAUCUUAUUUUGUUUGUAAAAGUGGAUUUCAGUAUUAAAUUUGUUCAUUACAAUCUACCAAUUAUUUAUAUUACUACUUCAUUGUUAUUUUUAUUUAUUAAUAUAAAUUCUGUAUGUGAUAGAUAAAUAGUUGAUAAUAUUAAUAUUUACUUUAUUUCAUUUUAAGAUUGUGUAGGACACAAUUAAUUCAAAUACCCUAACAACUGCUACGAGAAGGGUAGAUAAUAUUUUUGAAAUAAAUAGCCUAUGUUUUUAAAUAAUAUAUUAAAGUCUACUCGUAAGAGUUUUCACCCAUUAAUGUUUUGAGAUGAAUCUCGACGUUGCUUGAUUCAUUUAUCACGUGAUAACCGCCGUACCCGCUACACUGUGCCAUUGGCAGCUUACCAACUAAUUUUUCAUUUUACUAUCUGACGUUUAAAACUCAGUCAGAAGAGAAGGAGGUUUUGUGAUUGCACUGCAUAAAUACAUAGAUUUUUAAAAUUGUAUUUCUAUUAUGUGAAAAUUUGUUCAAAUAAAAAUACAAGGUGUGGCAAAAAUUAAAUUAGAUUACGACUAUAACUUUUGCUUUUUUAGAACUUCACAACUAGCCCCUUCAACAAAAUCUCCAACUCGAUAUUCCCACAAUACUCCGCUCCUCUGUCGUUUUCUUCUUGCAUAGAGCAUAGAUAAGAUUUCAACAUAUAGUCCUGUUACUCACUGUUUAACCUCCAGAUACCCAAUUCUUGAAUGUCAGAAAAAUUUGCUUUAAAUUGAACAGUCAUCUUUAACUUCUUAUUCCUCUUUGAACCGCUUAAAUCACUAAAGCUUGAGUACGUGACAAUAUUCAUCACUAUUUACUUGCUUAACAAAGAAGCCCUGCGACAUACUUUCCAAGUUUAAUUAAACAUUUCACAUUAAUUCGUUGCUCUUUAGAAACACAAAGUGUUUUCCAACAAGCAGCCGAUACAUAGUCUGACAUCAACGAAGGCCAUGACCCGACAGAGUGAUCAGCUGGCGUAAUGGAGGGAGGAGAUGUUAUGUGACUGCGGUUUAGCAUUUGACCUUGAGGUCCAUGCCUAGAGAAUAAGUCCGGUUAUUAUAUAAUCAAUCCAGACCUUGUAUAUACAACAUAAGAAUAAAGUCCUUAGAAAAUGUUUGUUUAUUGAAUUGUAAACAAGGGCGUGUCGAAAUUGUGAACACAAAAAAGUCAUAUUUAAUAAAAUCAAUUAAAGUCCUUAAUUCCAAUCAUUUUAUUACAAACGCUUUGGGAGUUGUGUCUCUAUUUUAGCCUGAACAGAGUAUAUUAUAUGCGCUUACGAGUACUAGCAAAGACCGGAGCUGUUGCCUUGAGAGGAAAAUACAUUUGGGUAAAUAUUCCAUUAAUAUGUUUUACUAAUUUUGUCAUGUUUUUGAAAACAUAGUGUUUAGUGCAAAAAUUUGUCUACAGUUGUAAAAAUCUGGACAAGCAUGUGCCAGAUUACACAGAUGCUGUUAGCAGACAAUAAACAAUGAAAUUUUAUUGCUUUGAGAAGUUAUGUUCCCCAUUAUUACGUAGAUACGUACUAAAUGACAUAUGUACAGAAGUAUAUUAUGAUAGCACAUAUUGAUGGUGUUUAUAUAAUGACUAAGGUACUUUGCUGAGGCGCUGAUGCAAAAUAUGGCGUAGUAAAUCAUUUCUUACUGGCAGUAAUUACUUUCCGGAACCCGUUAAUCAGUUUUAACGUAUUAUUGAUUGAUGUAAUAAAAUACCAUCACAAUGAUAAGCCAGUGAUGUAAGUCUUUUGUUCUGGUGAUAAUAAUUUCCCAACAUCAACCGUGUUCGGUCCAUGGUCCACACCAGUAUUAUUCAAGAUUCAUGAAAUGUUGCUUUGAUAAUUUAAAACUAUACAUAUCAUAUUAUAUAGAAGUCGCUAUAUCAAAUUUAGAAAAACUAAAUUACUAAAUUUGUGUUGUUGAUUUUUUGUGUGUUAACUUCAAACCCAAUAAAUAAUUUGAAACUUAUUCCAUAUGAAUUUUAUUUAGAUUAUAGGAUUAUCUUACGUGGUAUAGCUAUAUAAAAUCAUGUUGUACUGUUUUAACAAAAUUUUUUAUAAUUUGUUUUUUAUUAUACAAACCAUUAAAAAAAUUGUGAAUAUUAGUUAAAACCUUUACCACUGUCUUUUUCAAACUCUUCCAUUUGAAGUAAAAUGUACUUUUUUGUAGCAUUAAAAUAUAUUUUUCACUGUAGAAAAAAAUAUAUAUAUAUAUAUUAUUUAGUUUUUAUAGUGUUUUUCAUGGUUCAACACUAAAAAUAUCCUAAAACGGUUAGAUAGGCACAAGGUUUUGUUCUAACUGUGUUCGAGCUAUAAAAUGAAAUAAAUGUAAAAUAUAUUUUCAGUUAUGACAUUGCUAGUCGGGAAAUCCAGUUAUAAUUCCAUGGUUCACUUGUACUUAGUUUUUUGAAGUAAAAUCAGCGCUCAACCUGUUUUUUGAGGUGUACUCAUUUCAUAUUUACCUGGUUGGUUGGUGUUUAAUUUUGUUCCUUAAGUUGAUUGUGCAGACCUUUGACGAUCCUGUCUUGUUCAAUAGACUUAUUUGUAAGAUUAGAAAGUAGCUCUACAAUACAGUGACUAUACUACAGUACAGAAAAUAUUGUUAACACAGUACGUAUUGGUUACAAGUGUUACACAUUUGUUACUCAUUUAUAUAUGCUUUAAAGAUUAAUCCAGCUUUUAAGUGGAUUGAACGGGAUAAUGAACUUGUUCUGUUCUCUAAAACUGUUCGAUGAGACCAGUAACACAGCACUUGUCGUAAUAUAUUUAGACUAACUGGUUCAAAUUAAUUGUUCACUUUAAAACACUGACUGUAGAAGACGCCUUACGGUGCAUAGUCACAGUGAAGGUGUUAAAAGAGGACUUCAAACUUUAUAUGGAAUUUACACACAGUAUAAAAUUAAUAAAAACACACCUUUUACACUUGAACCUGUUGUGCCCUCAGAGGGUUUUAUUCUUAAGAGCCGGUUGUAGUGAAAUGACCUUGAGAAAGGACCAUGUUAAAUCUCACUUUGUCCUUAGUUUUUGUUGUACAAUUAUGGAUGAUGGCUUAUUUUCUAGGUAUGAUCUACACAUACAAACCUUUUUCAGCUUUUUCUAUAGAGUGUAUAGUUUUUGAAUAUUCAAACAAUAUAGUUCACAAAAGUGGGAUUCUUUCCUGAAGUAACAUUUUGGAAAAACUAAAAACAGUUUUGGAUGCACGUUACAUAUAUCUUUAAAAUAAGAUGACAUCUCCAUAAUUAUAUAACCAGAAAUAAAAGUGUAUUGUGAUUGAAGUUUAACAUUGUUCUUAUUGGGCUAAAUUCAGGAUGGUCACCAGUACAGCCAGCUGUUAAUAGGUUUAGUGUAUUUAAAAGUAUUGUAAUUUAGUUGCUACUUAAUGGAUACUUAUCUUAGAUCUCAUUAAACUUGACAUUUGAUUUUGUUUGAUAUACUUGUGUUGUUAACAAAGUACAUGUUCACAUAAAGGAUUGCCUUGAGAACUGAAGAAAUAAAGUUUUUUAAUGAACUGUA